AUGAAAUCUCUGUCGGAUGGAAGAUUGAUUCAUGAGCAUCUGCGCCGAGUGUUUCCGAGCCCACACACGUUUCUUGUUAAUUGCCUUCUGAAGAUGUACUGUGAUUGUGGGAGUUUUGCAGAUGCUCAGAAAUUGUUCGAUGAAAUGCCCAUGAAGGAUUCGAUUUCUUGGGGUCUUAUGGUGUCUGCUUAUGCACAGAAAAGGAUGUUUUCUCAAGCUGUCAGGUUGGUUUCAGAGAUGAAUUCAACUGGAAAUAACGUUAACCAGUCAGUUUAUCUUGGUUUGAUACGGUCACUGUCAUUUCCUUCAUGCUUAGAGCUUGGCAAGCAGAUGCAUUCUCAAAUGGUUAAGAAUGGAUUAACUCCUAACAUUUUGAUCGAUACUGCCGUGCUUAACAUGUAUGUGAAGUGCAGAUGCUUAGAGAGUUCCAAGCUUGUUGUUGAUAGGAUGGCAGAGAAGAAUGCUGUAACAUGGAUUGGGCUAAUGAUGGGAUACACUCAGGCUGAUAGACAGGAGGAAACUUUGGCAUUAUUUGCCAGGAUGAUAAAAGAAGUUAUUGAAUUGGAUGAGUUUGUAUUCUCUGCUGUUCUCAAGGCAUGUUCCAAGUUAGGGGACUUGGGUACUGGGAGGCAGAUUCAUGGUUACAUUGUUAAAUUGGGGAUGGAUUCAGGGGUUUCAGUGGGGACACCCCUUGUGGAUUUUUAUGCCAAGUUUGGAAGUCUAGAGGAAGCUCGUCAAGCUUUUAACAGGAUUUCUGACCCUAAUGACGCUUCUUGGAGUGCUUUAAUCUCUGGAUGGUUGCAGAUUGGCAAAUUUGAGGAGGCUCUUGAAGUUUUCAAGUAUUUGAGGGAUAAUGGUAGGAUUAUGAAUCGCUUCAUGUAUACCAGCAUUUUUCACGCUUGUUCAGCAUUGGCAGAUUUGAGUUCAGGGACCCAAGUACAUGGAGAUGCCAUAAAAAAGGGCCUGGUUUCAGCAUCUCAUUGUUCCAAAUGCUGUGCAGCACUAAUAUUGAUCCAUCUAAGCCUGAUUGUAGGAGUUGGACAGCUUCAAUGGAUGGAUGGUACUUGUUCAUAUUUAAUUAUUUAUGGCUUCUAG